AUGCACAAGACAUUUUUCAGUCAUACUCUUGCUGGCUCCCAACUGCAAGUGACCAACAGUUCAGGCUACUUGGCUUACGAAGUAGUAGGCAGUGGUGUGAUCCGAGGCACCGACAACAGACUGGUCCACCGGCGGCAGACAAUUCUCCGUGAGAAGGGGAGAAGGUUAGCUAACCGAGGCCCAGCAUACAUGUUUAGUGAUCGCUCAACAAGCCUAUCCGUGGAGGAGGAACGCUUUUUAGAUGCAGCUGAGUAUGGCAACAUCCCAGUGGUGAGAAAGAUGUUGGAAGAAUGCCCCUCACUCAAUGUGAACUGUGUGGAUUACAUGGGCCAGAACGCCCUGCAGUUGGCAGUGGCCAACGAGCACCUGGAAAUUACAGAACUUCUCCUCAAGAAAGAAAACCUCUCUCGUGUCGGGGACGCCUUGCUUCUAGCUAUCAGCAAAGGUUAUGUUCGGAUCGUGGAAGCCAUUCUCAGCCAUCCAGCUUUUGCUGAAGGAAAGAGGUUAGCAACCAGCCCCAGCCAGUCUGAGCUCCAGCAAGAUGACUUUUACGCCUACGAUGAGGAUGGGACCCGCUUCUCCCAUGACGUGACUCCAGUCAUUCUGGCCGCCCACUGCCAGGAAUAUGAAAUCGUGCACACCCUCCUGCGGAAGGGUGCUCGGAUUGAACGGCCUCACGAUUAUUUCUGCAAGUGCAGCGAAUGCAACCAGAAACAGAAACAUGACUCCUUUAGCCACUCCAGAUCUAGGAUUAACGCCUACAAAGGCCUGGCAAGCCCAGCUUACCUGUCUUUGUCUAGCGAAGAUCCGGUCAUGACAGCUUUAGAGCUUAGCAAUGAGCUGGCAGUGCUGGCCAACAUUGAGAAAGAGUUCAAGAAUGACUACAAAAAGCUGUCGAUGCAGUGCAAAGAUUUUGUGGUUGGACUCCUUGACCUGUGCAGAAACACCGAAGAAGUGGAGGCCAUUCUGAACGGGGAUGUUGAAAUACACCACAGUGGCAGAGACCACAGUCGUCCAAACCUCAGCCGUUUAAAACUUGCCAUUAAAUAUGAAGUGAAAAAAUUUGUAGCCCAUCCAAAUUGUCAGCAGCAGCUCCUCUCCAUAUGGUAUGAGAACCUGUCCGGCUUGAGGCAGCAGACGAUGGCGGUCAAGUUCCUGGUGGUCCUUGCUGUUGCCGUGGGACUGCCCUUCCUGGCUCUCAUUUAUUGGUUUGCUCCGUGCAGCAAGAUGGGGAAGAUCAUGCGUGGACCAUUCAUGAAGUUCGUAGCACACGCAGCCUCCUUCACCAUUUUUCUGGGUCUGCUAGUCAUGAAUGCAGCUGACAGAUUUGAAGGCACCAAACUCCUUCCUAAUGAAACCAGCACAGAUAAUGCAAAACAGCUGUUCAGAAUGAAAACAUCCUGCUUCUCAUGGAUGGAGUUGCUCAUCAUAUCCUGGGUAAUAGGCAUGAUAUGGGCUGAAUGUAAAGAAAUUUGGACUCAAGGCCCCAAGGAAUAUUUGUUUGAGUUGUGGAAUAUGCUUGACUUUGGUAUGUUAGCGAUCUUUGCAGCAUCAUUCAUUGCAAGAUUCAUGGCAUUUUGGCACGCUUCCAAAGCUCAGAGCAUCAUUGAUGCAAAUGAUACUUUGAAAGACUUAACAAAAGUCACAUUGGGAGACAAUGUGAAAUACUACAAUUUGGUCGAGGAGAGUUUUAAGACACUGUUCUGGGCUAUAUUUGGACUUUCUGAAGUGAAAUCAGUAGUCAUCAACUAUAAUCACAAGUUCAUUGAAAACAUCGGUUAUGUUCUUUAUGGCGUCUAUAACGUUACAAUGGUCAUUGUUUUGCUAAACAUGUUAAUUGCAAUGAUCAACAGUUCAUUCCAGGAGAUUGAGGAUGAUGCUGAUGUGGAAUGGAAGUUUGCGAGGGCCAAACUUUGGUUUUCCUACUUUGAGGAGGGCAGAACUCUUCCUGUUCCCUUCAACCUGGUGCCGAGUCCGAAGUCCCUGUUUUAUCUCUUACUGAAGCUCAAGAAAUGGAUUUCUGAGCUGUUCCCAUGUCACAAAAAGGGUUUCCAGGAGGAUACUGAGAUGAACAAGAGAAAUGAAGAAAAGAAAUUUGAGAUUUUGGGGAGUCAUGAAGACCUUUCAAAAUUAUCACUUGACAGAAAACAGCUUGGUAUAAGAGGCUCAGAAGAUUUCCAGUUAAAUAGUUUCAAUAACCCUCCAAGGCAGUAUCAGAAAAUCAUGAAGAGGCUCAUUAAAAGAUAUGUUCUGAAAGCCCAGAUCGAUAAGGAAAGUGAUGAAGUGAAUGAAGGGGAACUGAAGGAAAUUAAACAGGAUAUCUCAAGUCUCCGCUAUGAACUCCUGGAAGAAAAAACUCAGAAUUCAGAAGAUCUAGCAGAACUUAUUAGAAAACUUGGGGAGAAAUUACCAUUGGAACCAAAGCAAGAGGAAAGCAAGAGAUAAUGCAAAGACUCCCCUAAAAUCCAUAUUUAUUUGUCCACUUGAGAACAUAUUAUUUUCUGAUUUAUUUUUUUAAGUGACAAUGUGACCACCUUUUAAACAAGAAAAUGUUCAAAGAUAACUUGGGUCAUGCUAUCACCUAGGACUCAAACAUUUAAUAUUUUUCAUGGGUAAAUGUCAUCAUUCAGGCUAAAUAGUGCAGAUGACGAUGGAAAGUCUGCCGGUCGUUUGGUGCUUGUUUUACGAACUGCUUUCUGGGUGUAACUUGUGACGGUGUGAUUGCUGCGGAGUAUCUGCCCGGGAAUCACUGCAGCUGGCAGGGGCAUUUCCCCUGAUGGAGAUUUCAGGCACCUCCUUGCCUGCUCUGCGGAUCCCCUGUAACCUAAAGAAAAAACCAUCUGUGACCAUUUAGAGAAUGCUGUUUAACCGCCUGUCCUGCUUAGCCCCCACAGAAGAUGAUUGAUAAUGUCUGUGCAAAAUGGGGUUAAAUCUUUCCUAAACCUUUUGAUUCAUCUCUUUGAAAUAUUAUAUUUACCAUGAAAAAGUACUUUCUCCACUGAACCCUGGAAACGUGCCUCAGGUGUGUACGUGUGUGUGUGCACACGUGCGUGUCAGGUGCGUGCGUGCGUGUGCGUGUGUGUGUGUGUGUGUGUGUGUGUGUAGCGAAUGCUCACUCUAUUUUCUUUUGCAGUCUAUAUAAACCCUCAAAAGCUCUUUACAGUAUAAUUUUUUUGUUGUGACUAAACAAUUGUGGUCAUUCAGUCCAGUUAUAGCACAAUUUGGGGCCAUUUCUGAGGGCCUUUGCAGGUGAAUUCCCAGAUUCGGCAUCAAAUAUAAAGGGGAAAAAAGUGCUGAAGGAACUUGCAAAUGCUUAUCUCUUAUGGUCGUUAUGUUCUACCCUUCUCCCAAAAUAUAUGAAACAGAAGUUUACAUUCGUGUGCAUUCACCAGGAGGUAUGACUGACGGGUGAUGUGAGGCAGCAGCUCAAACAAGGAAAAGAGAAAUGAAGGGUCAUCCGUUCAACUUCCCAAAGGCUGUCAACAUUUAGAUCAGUGGUUCUCAACCUUCCUAAUGCCACGACCCUUUAAUACAGUUCCUCAUGUUGUGGU